AUGUGUGCCCUCAGAGGAGUCAAGUACUCUCAUUGCAAAAAUGUCGAUCAUCAAAUCUCUUCACGCUCGCGAAAUUUUGGGUUUGUCAUAUCAUUAAAUUUGUAUCAUCUUACAGAUUCACGUGGGAAUCCCACCGUAGAGGUAGACCUCAAAACGGCCGAUGGUGUGUUCAGAGCUGCCUGCCCCUCAGGCGCCUCUACCGGUAUUUACGAGGCCUUGGAACUCCGCGAUGGUGAUAAAUCACGUUUUCUUGGUAAAGGUGUCUUGAAGGCUGUAGAAAAUGUGAACAAAACCAUCGCCGGCGGUAUUGUCGGAAAAGACGUACUCCACCAAAAGGAAUUGGACGAUCUUAUGGUUAAAAACCUUGAUGGAAGUGUUAACGAAUGGGGAUACUGCAAAUCCAAGCUAGGUGCCAACGCUAUCUUGGUUGUUUCCAUGGCCGCUGCACGCGCUGCUGCUGAACACAAAAUUGUUCCUCUCUACCAACACCUAGCUGAGUUGGCUGGAAAACGCACUGACAAAUACGUACUCCCUGUACCAUGCCUUAACGUCAUUAACGGUGGAUCACACGCUGGAAACAGCUUGGCCAUGCAGGAGUUCAUGAUCCUACCCGUUGGUGCACCUACCUUCAGGGAGGCCAUCCGCAUGGGUUGUGAAGUAUACCACAACCUCAAGAAGGUUAUUAAUACCAAGUACGGUCAGGAUGCAACCAACGUCGGUGACGAGGGUGGUUUUGCCCCUAACAUCAAAUCUGCCGAAGAAGCCCUAGACCUCUUGGUUGAAUCUAUCAAGAAGGCCGGAUUUGAUGGUCAGGUUAAGAUUGCUAUGGACGUUGCUGCUUCGGAGUUCUACGUUAAGGAAAGCGCCUCCUACAACCUUGGAUUCAAGUGUGAGACUCCUUGCAUGAAAACCGCCGCUGAAAUGGUUGCCUACUACAAGGAUCUAUGCCACAAGUACCCUAUUGUCUCAAUUGAAGACCCCUUCGACCAGGACGACUGGGAAGCUUACAAGAUGCUCACUGCCGAAGUUGGAGCUACGGUUCAGAUUGUAGGUGAUGAUCUUCUUGUCACCAACCCCAAGCGUAUCCAAACCGCCUUGGACAGACAGGCCUGCAACGCACUCUUAUUGAAGGUCAACCAAAUUGGUUCAGUCACAGAAGCUAUCGAUGCUUGCCUUCUUAGCCACGCCCACAAAUGGGGUGUUAUGGUCUCACACAGGUCCGGUGAAACUGAGGACACAUUCAUUGCCGACCUCGUCGUAGCUCUUGGAACUGGACAAAUCAAGACCGGAGCACCAUGCCGUAGUGAACGCAAUGCUAAGUACAACCAAUUGAUCCGUAUUGAGGAAGAACUUGGACCAAGGGCCUCCUACGCCGGAGCGGCUUUCCGCACUUGUGGUCACUAA